CAUCGUUAUAGACUACGUUAAAGUAGGACGUAUUCAAAUAUGGCACGAUAACCAGAAAGGUCGUACUUCUCGCCGCAGUUAUCACACAGGAUCUUUCAUAAUGGCCGCAUCCAUGGAAUACAUCGUGAGAAGGGUUGAUCUGUUCGAAUUUUGUAAGCGGUGCAUGCUCAAGGUCGGGGUUCCCAUUGAUCACGCAAUCUCUCUAGCAGAGGUUGUUGCAGAUGCAGACUGUAGAGGGCAUUACAGUCACGGUUUAAACAGGCUACGAUUCUACAUGAAUAGUUAUCAAUUCCUCAACCAGAAGGAACAUCAGGGGCCGAUUGUUGUCAAAGAAACCGAAGCAACAGCGCUUGUUGAUGGAAACAAUAUGCUAGGGCCUGUGGUAGGUAGAUUUUGUAUGAAUCUAGCCAUGAGGAAAGCCAAGACCACUGGUGUCGGGAUGGUGUCUGCAUACCGAUCAAACCAUUUUGGGAUUGCCGCUCACUACAGUAUGAUGGCGAUGAAUGAAGGGCUUAUAGGGAUUGCAUUGUGCAACGCGACACCUACAGUUGUCCCGACCAGAGCGAAACAGAGUGUAUUCGGCACCAACCCCAUCAGCGUGGCCGCCCCAGCCAACAACGCUGACAGUUUCGUGCUGGAUAUGGCGACGUCAACUGUAGCCGUCGGAAAGGUUGAAUUAAAACAUCGUCUCGGAGAGCGAAUACCGGAGGGCUGGGCUGUUGAUGACGACGGGAAAGCAACAACGGAUACGGAUUCGGUUCUAAAGACUAGAAAGUUGACCCCUUUAGGAGGAAUGGAACAGACAAGUGGUUACAAAGGCUAUGGUUUGGCUAUGAUGGUAGAAAUGUUCAGUAGCGUUCUGAGUGGAUCGAACACGAGUCCUGAUGUAAGACACCCAAAUUCGCAGCAAGAGUCGAACCUGGGUCAGUGUUUCAUGGCCGUUGACCCCCGUGCCUUUGCUCCUGGGUUCGAGGACAGGAUGAGUCAGCUGAUUGGCCACUGCAGAGGUCUACAGCCGGCUGAUGGAAAGACGGAGGUUCUGAUAGCAGGUGACCCAGAGAGAAACCACACGGCGAUGUGUGACAGACGAGGGGGAAUACCUUACCAUGAAAACCAGAUCCAUUUCGCUGACGAUAUUGCACAGGAAUACGGAGUCGAACCAAUGAAGAGAAGCGAAGGUUCUGCACCUCAGGAUAAAAUACAUUGAUGAAGACAGUAAAGUGAUGUGCUCAGAAGAGAUCUGCUGACAUAUUUAGAGAACAACCAGUAAUCUUCGACGAACUGCGGAUUGUGUAUCCCGCGUGGAUGAAUAGUGUUAACCCCGAGUCUUUUCCGAAAGACUUACAGCAUUCAUUCAGAGUGAGUGAGUAUUGUUUUACGCCACUUUUAGAAAAUUUUUCCAGCAAUAUCACGGCGGGGGACACCAGAAAUGGGCUUCACACAUUGUACCCAUGUCGGGAAUCGAACCCGGGUCUUCGGCGUGACGAUCGAACGCUUUAACCACUAGGCUACCCGACCGCCCCGCAUUCAUUCAGAACGGACAUAUACUCUGUAAUUCCGAGGUUCGAAUAGGUUUUUCUAAUUUACUCACUGACAUUUAGAGAGAAAAAACUCGUUUGAAAUGACACAAUAUCAGCCCAACAGAGAAACUUCACUGAAGGCAGUCAAUUGCGAAAAGACCGAUGACAAUAUGACCGCAUUUGUACAGGUCAUCGCUAUUACGUCAAAUUGUUCAUGGCGCCACAAACGAUUUUAUAUGACGUCGUUCCAACAUUAGGACAACUGAGCUGAUGUCUCUAAUUCAUAAAAAUAAAACACAUUUUUUACUUUUUCUCACGAAAAAAAUAAUAUUGUGUGUAAUAUAAAUAAUAACUCGCAACUUGGAAUUAUCGAUUAUCACAAAUGUAAUAACUUAGGGCAGAUCAUUCGUAAUUUUUCGUCGCCCUUUGGUUCUUGUCUAAGUAUCUGACGUGUAAACGGUUCACAAAAGACACAUGUUCACAGAAAUGAUCAAAUAAACAUGACUGAAUUCUUUCUUGUGUGAAUUAUUUUUUCUAAACUAAAACAAGGUUGAACAAGGACUUUCAAAAUACAUCAGUUACAGGGAGGUGCAUGUCCGUGUUAUCCCUUGAAGUUGGACUAGUUUUAUAUAUUAACACUUUUUUUUCAAGUGAACAAUUGACUUGCCUUUGCAUGUGUUUUGGACGGGUGCCACAAGUGGGGCAGGAUACGCUUACCUUUUCACGAACACCUGGUAUCACCACUAUUUGAUA